UCAAAAAUGUUCUUUCAAAGAAAACAAAAUUAACUUAGACUUGAAUUUCUUGAAUGUAUGUCUCAAAAAUAAAUUGAUACCAAAAUUUUUAAGAUUUAAACUAUGGAAACAUGAUAAGGAUAACAAAAAGGCAUAUCAUGAUUUUCAGAAAAAACUUUUGGAAAUUGAAAUCAAGAAGAAAACCCGAGAGCUAAAUUAUAUGAAUAAGAAAGUUAAAGAAUUGGAAUUGGAAUUAAAAAAUAUUAUUUCAUGGCUUGAUUUCAGUUAUCUAAAAGUUCAUUCUGAAUCCAUUAAUGUGAAUACUUUAAAGAGAGUUAAAUUUGUACAUGAGCGUAAACUAUUCCAUUUAGGAUAUGAUAACUUUAACAAGUCCCUGGAUGUUGAUAAAGUUGUUUUCAAUUUUUCUAGUGUAAACUUGUCUGUAAAACUUAAACAAUUAUUAGCAAAUGGCCUAAAAUUUGGCAUCCCACCAUCAAAAUUGAAUUUUGCUCAUUUUUUUCUAUCUUUUGAAAAAUUACUUAGGUCACUUUACACUCACAAACCAACAAAUAAAUUUCCAAAUGUCAAUAAUCACAUUAAAUCAUGUAUUAAGAAUUUGGCCUUUUCACUUUUUAUACUUAUAAAAAGGAAAUUACUCAAGAUGGGUUAUCAACUAAUGACUUCAAAACCCUUAAAGACUUGUCUAAGAACCCUGAUGUAAUUAUUACCAAACCAGACAAAGGUCAAGGUGUUGUUUUAAUGAAUAGAUCAGAUUAUGUUAAAAAAGUUGAUGACAUUCUUAAAGAUAAAACAAAAUUCUCCCAAAUUCCUGACAAACCUGAAUCACUUAUUAUCAAAAAUGAGGAUAAGCUUAAUUCUUUUCUAAGGAAAUUAAAAAAAGAAGAGGUUAUUAAUGAGUCUACUUACUCUUCCCUCUUUACUUCUGGCUCAAGACCUGGAAUUUUAUAUGGUUUACCCAAAAUUCAUAAAGCAAACUUACCCGUCAGACCCAUCCUUUCAGCAUUGGGAACCAUUAAUUAUAAUGUUUCAAAAUUUUUCAUUCCCAUUCUAAGACGUCUCACUCUGAAUCAAUAUACCAUACAGAACACCUUCACCUUUGUUCAAAAAUUAAUUGAGAUCCCACAUGCAAAUGAUUAUGUCCUAGCUAGUUUUGACGUCACUAAUUUGUUCACUAAUGUCCCUCUAGACGAAACCAUAGACAUCAUUAUGAACUCUUUGUUUGAAAAAUCUGAUAAAGUUUUGGGAUUUAAUAGAAUGUAUUUUAAAAAACUUUUGGAUAUUGCCACAAAGGAUAUAAUGUUUUGGUUUAAUGGAACUUUGUACAAACAAAUUGAAGGGGUUGCAAUGGGAAGCCCUUUAGGACCUACUUUAGCAAACAUUUUCAUGUGUUAUAAUGAAAGUAAAUGGCUUAAAAAUUGCCCUAUAGAAUUUAAACCCAAACAUUAUUUCAGAUAUGUUGAUGAUACUUUAUUGUUAUUCAAAUCCGAAGAUGAAGUUAACAAAUUCUUGGAAUACCUUAAUAAUCAACAUCCUAACAUUAAAUUCACUUGUGAAAUUGAACAGAAUGGACACCUUCCCUUUUUGGAUAUUGAUAUUUCUAGGGAUAUGAAUUCUUUUGUCUCCUCAGUCUAUAGAAAACCAACUUACACGGGUCUAACAACUAAAUUUAAUUCUUAUAUACCUAUCAAAUAUAAGGGGAAUUUAAUUUCUACGCUGAUUUUCAGAGCAUUCAAAAUUUCCAAGGAUUAUUUUAUCUUCAUUAAGGAAAUUGACUUUAUCACAAAUAUUCUAAGAUUGAACAUGUUCCCAAUUAAUUUUAUUGAAAAGAACAUAAGGACAACUCUCAAUAGACUUUUGGUCCCUGUAGAACCCACAUUGACUGUCUCUAAGGAUGUAAUUUAUAUGAAACUACCUUAUCUUGGAACUAUUAGCCACUGUCUAGAAAGAAAAUUAUCAAAUCUAAUUAAAACUCACUACUCAACUGUUACUCUUAAAGUAGUAUAUACAACCUCCCUCUCAUUAGGUAACUUAUUUAAAUUUAAAGAUAAAGUACCGAAACCUUUACGCUCUUCAAUAGUAUAUAAAUUCACGUGUAGUAGCUGCGAUGCUACUUAUAUUGGGAAGACUUCCCGUAACCUCUUCAUGAGAAUUGAAGAACAUAAAGGUUUCUCAUUUAGGAAUACUAAUUACAAGCUAACUAGACCAAAUAAAUCUUCAAUUAGAAGCCACUGUGAAGCAAAAAACCAUUCUUUCUCAUCAGAGAAUUUUGAAAUCCUAGACUCCUCCCCUUUUGACUUUGAUCUAAUCAUUUUAGAAAGUCUAUGGAUUUGGAAAGAAAAACCAAAUUUAAAUGAAUAUUCAUCUUCAAUAGACAUUGAACUUCUUAAAUAAUAACUCUGUUUUUGGAGAAUUUAUAUUCUCUUUAGUCUCACAUUUUCACAUGUGGAUUUUCUUUCUCCUGAUAGUCUCAAGUUUGGUAGACAACCGCGCCAUUUCAUAGCGUCCCUUGGUGGCUUACAGUACACGUCACCUGCUGCACAGCCCUUAUUUCCAUGGAUUUUUGUAAAUUUUAGUUCGCCAUUGAUAAUGGGUGGAAGUACGCCCGAAACGUUUGGCUUUAUACAUUAAAGAAG